CAUUUUCUUUAUCCAGUAACAUUCAAAUCUCUCAGCUAAAUAAACUCAAAAAAGGAUGAAUCCUAUGUUUUACUUCCUUCUUGCCUUAACAGCUGUUUUAGCCGCGACCGCAAACGCAGGACCAGUUCUCGACAUUGAUGGUGAUAUCAUAUUAAACGGCAGUUACUACGUUCUCCCCCUCAUCUGGGGCCCUACAGGUGGCGGCCUAACUCUCGUCUCCCGUCGUGGCAACCAGUGUCCCCUCUUUAUCGGACAGGAGCGUUCAGAGGUCAACAGGGGCAUUCCCGUGAAAUUCUCAAACUGGAGGUCUAGAGUUGGGUUCGUUCCCGAAUCCGAGAACCUCAACAUCAAGAUGGAUAUCGAACCUACGUUCUGCGCUCAGUCAACUUAUUGGUGGGUCACUACAGCCCCCAGUCCCUGGAGAUCGGCGUUCAUAGCGGUUGGUCCUAAGCCAGAAGCUGGAGGAGAAGAUUCGUCGAGGAGUUUCUUCCAGAUCAAAAAAAAAAAGCAGAAACAUUUUCCCUUAUAG